AUGGGAACUCUUAUUUCCAAGCCUCGCAGCGGUGAUAAUCCACCCAAGAAGAUUCCUACACGAACCUACAGUGGAAGUAGUGUGAACAAGAAGCCCAAACUGUUUAAAGCUCUCUCCAAACGCAAGGAUGAAACGGCAAGGAAGUCUGCUACUCUUCAGCCAACCAGAACUGGGGAUAACCUCCAAGUGCCCUCCGAAGCUGCCACAGAACCGAUUUUGGUUUCUGCAGCCUCUUGCGAAGUACGAUCAUCCCCUGUUGUCCUCGAAUGUCGAACUCCCGGAGUUGCUGAUGGAAAGGUGGCUCAGGAGCCCGCAGCUCCGACGAAGGAUGCCAUUCCCGUGAAGGCUGAUUCCAUUUUGAAGGAGGAAGAGGCGGAGACACCUGCCAAGAUAGAAAAACAUCCUACAGGAUCUGAGGAACAGACUGUGGUUGAGAACGCCGAUGCUAUUGCGCAGGAAGUCGCGGACGAGGUGAUUGAGGGUUCUAUGAAAGUAAUUGAAAAGGAGGUGGUGGAAGUGGAAAAGGAAGUCUCUCCAAAAGACAUUGAGGAACCAAAAUCACAGAUGGAGGAGUGCCAAAGCAAAGGCGAGUUUGAUGAACCCGAACCUGAGCCCAUUAACGAGGUAGUUCGUGACCAUCAGGAAUCCGAGGUCGCCGAAAUUUUGGUGAACGAGGCUCUUAACGCUGGAGUUGAGGCUGAAGCUGCGGAGAAGCAGGCUGCUCUUUCAGCACCCAUAGAUGGUGAGCAACCAGGAUCAAGCCUAGAGGAACAACGUCCGCAGUCCUCCGAUCAAAGCUCUGAUUAUGUGGAAGCCCUACAACAGAGCCAGUCGGUUAGCGAAGCCUUUGGAGACCCUAACGAGGUUAGCGAUGGAACAAAGAAUAUAGAAGUGGCCUGUCUCAAUGACAAGACCAGGGAUGGUGAAUUAAAAGACGUUCCAGAGGAUGAAAAGCAUGAAGUUGACGUCAAAACCGAAGAAAUUGCUCCCGAAGGAGAGGAUGUUAUUCCACCCGACAAUAGUAUUCUAAAUGGUCAUGAUGAAGUGCAGCACGGAGACGAUGCGGGUGCUGACAAAGACGGAUGUUUGGAAGGUGGUCCUGAAUCCGACCCGACUGCUACAUCGAAGGCCUCCGUUGGCGAAGAUGUUGAGCAUAACAAGUCGACAGCAGUUUAG